AUCUCCCCCUACAAUCACUCGCUCACUCAUUAGCCUACUCUCUGGUGUCAGUGGUUUAUAGCUUUGAGCACCUUAGAUUUGUUAACAAUGGCGGAUGAAGUGAUUCUUUUGGAUUUCUGGCCAAGCCCUUUUGGGAUGAGGGCGAGAAUUGCUUUGGCUGAGAAGGGGGUCAAAUAUGAAUACAGGGAUGAGGACCUCCAAAACAAGAGUCCUCUGCUGCUGCAGAUGAACCCUGUUCACAAGAAGAUCCCUGUUUUGAUUCACAAUGGGAAGCCCAUCUGCGAAUCGCUCAUUAUUCUUCAGUACAUUGAUGAGGUCUGGAAAGAUAAACUCCCGUUGAUGCCCUCCGAUCCACACAAGCGCGCCCAAGCCAGGUUCUGGGCUGAUUUCACAGACAAGAAGAUUUACGAUUGUGGAAGGAGGAUUUGGGCUACCAAAGGAGAAGACCAAGAGGCAGCAAAGAAAGAGUUCAUAGAGUGCUUGAAGCUCUUGGAGGGGGAGCUUGGAGACAAGCCUUACUUUGGGGGUGACGCUUUGGACUUCGUGGAUGUGACGCUUGUCCCCUUCUACAGCUGGUUCUACGCCUAUGAGACGUGUGGGAAUUUCAGCAUUGAAGCUCACUGCCCAAAGUUUGUGGCUUGGGCCAAGCGGUGCAUGCAGAAGGAGAGUGUGUCAAAAUCUCUCCCUGACCAGAACAAGGUCUACGAUUUCGUUUUAGUACUCAAGAAGAAGUUCGGAAUUGAGUAAACAAGAGAGAGAGAGAGAGAGAGAGAGAGUGGAGUCAUAAUUUGGGUGUCUGGUCUUCUUGGGUUUUGGGUUGUCUUCAACUCCUGUUGUUAGUUUAGUUUCGUGGUGUUAUUCUGCUAUAACGAGUGGUAAUCGAGUAGUUGCCGCUCUUCAUAGUCUUAUUCUGUUACAACGAGUGGGAGCAGUUGCCCCUCCAAACUUAUCAUCUUUCACCGUUCUUCUGUGUUCCCAAAUACAGAUUAUACUAUGUGAUUUUGCAUUCUGUGAAGAGAUUGUGCACUGGCCUAAUUGUCUUCUCA